CACUCUCUCUCUCUCUCUCUCUCUCUCUCUCUCUUCACACCCAACACCACACCCCCAGUCUCACUCCACUCUCUCUCUCUCUAGCGGUUCUCACUAACGGACGCCUCUUUAUCACACACACACACACACACACACUCUCUCUCUCUCUCUCUCUCUCUCUCCCUCCCCGUUUUCUGCUGGCUUCUCUCACUUUCUGUUUCGGUUCAAGAUCUGGUUUUUUCUGAUUCUCUCUUCAGAGUGUGGGGAGCUGAAAUUUAGGGUUAUUUUUAUUUUUUUUUCUUCUGUGAUUUUCUGAGAACCUUCGCGGCGCGUGCGUCGCUGCGGAGUUUCCGAUCUCCGUAUCUGCCGCACUUUGUUAAAUUUUCAAUUUUUGGAUUUUUAAUGUGUGAAAAUGGAGAGCUUUCGGCCUCGGAGGUCUAAGGUGACGAGCAUUGCUGACAGGAGCGCCGUCGGAGGACGGUUCGCCUCCGCUGAGCGAGCUCACAGAGGAGGAAACAGGCAGGUUCCGAAACAGAGACACUUUCGGAAAUUGGCCUCUGAUUCGAGUUCUUGCAGUAGUGGCUCUACCGGCGAAGACUCGUUCCCCUCUGAAUUGGGCUGGAGAUCUUCACAGCAAGGUGUUGGAACUCCAAUAAAGAAGUUAUUGGCUGAGGAGAUGGUGAGAGAAACUGAACCCAGAAGGAGAUCACCAAGCGUAAUUGCCAAAUUGAUGGGUCUUGAUGGGCUGCCACCUCAGCAGCCUGCUGAUAGACAAUCGAAAGGCAUUUCAGAGAAUUAUCUUCAGAAGACAAGAUCGGUAGAGAAAGAGCACAGAAGCAGUAUGUUUCAUGACCGCCAUUCGUCUAGGAAGAACUCAAGGGUGCAGCAGGAGUUUAAGGAUGUGUUUGAAGUUUAUGAACCUUCAAGGAGUUACUCAUCUCGAGGAAGUGCUAACCCAAAGCUCAGUGAUGCUGAAAUGGCUUUUGUUCGACAGAAAUUCAUGGAUGCAAAACGCCUUUCAACAGAUGAGAGGCUACAGGAUUCAAAGGAGUUCCAUGAUGCGCUUGAGGUGCUGGAAUCUAACAAGGAUAUUCUAUUGAAAUUCCUUCAGCAACCAGACUCAUUGUUCGCAAAACAUCUCCAUGAUCUGCAAGGUGGUCCUCAAUCCCUUUGUGGUCGCAUAGCAUCUAUGAAGCCAUCAGAAGCUCAAAAGUAUGAAAACAUUGACCUUGGCUUCACAUCAGCGAGAGAGCAGAAGCAUCGCUGUAAAUCUCCUCAGAAGCACCGGGAUUCUUUUUCUAGCCACUCUGACAGUAGACAUGCUGGUCAUAAUCCUCUUAAAUCAUCACUAAACCGACCAGAAGUGAAAAUUGAAUCUGCCAUUCAUCCUACAAGGAUAGUUGUUCUGAAACCAAACCUUGGGAAGGUGCUGAAUGCUCCCAAAACAUCACCUUGUUCUCCUCAUGCUUCUAUGUUAGAUGGUAGCAAACACGCUGAAUUUCUGAGCAUUAGAAACAGGGAGGCAGAAUCAUGCGGAAGGAAAAACUUUCAAGAUAAUGAUGGGCAUCUGAGACACAAGUCUAGAGAAUCUAGAGAAAUUGCUAAGGAAAUCACAAGGAAAAUGAGGAAUAACUUUAGCAGUAAUUCUGUGCAUCUUUCCUCCUCUGGUUUGAAAGGAUAUGCUGGUGAUGAGAGUUCCUGUAGCAUGUCUGAGAAUGAAUCUGCAAAUGAGUCAGAGAGGAUGUCGGUGGCUUCCAGGCAUUCCUUUCAUAUAAGUAACCACUCCAGGCCUUCAUCAUCGUGCUCUACUGAAUCAUCUGUGAGUAGAGAGGCCAAGAAGAGGCUCUCAGAGAGGUGGAAACUGACACACAAGUCCCAAGAAGUGGGACCUGUUAGCAGGGGCAGCACACUUGGUGAAAUGCUUGCUGUCCCAGACAAGGAAGCGCGAGCUGCUAAUUUGAAUGCCAUGAUUGGUGAGGCAGGAUUCAGAGAUACAUUUUCUACUGAAGGGGGUGGACCUCUGGGUAUCAGCAGUAGGGAUGGUUGGAAGGAUGGAUGCAUCAAUAGUUUAUCAAGAUCAAAAUCUCUUCCUUCUUCAUCUAGUGUGUUUGGAAGUUUUAAAACAAGUGUGCGGUGUGAAACUGUACAUAAUGACAAGUAUCCGAUGCCAAAGGAUAGUGUGCCGCACAAAAGACACCGUAUAGUAACUGGUAAUCUUGAUCUUAGAGAAGCUGUUUGCAAACAGUCUAGAUCCAGCAAUAAAACAUCUUAUUCGUCUCCCUCAAGUAGGGAAGCUAUUGACAUUUCACCUGAAACUCAUACUACUGAGAAUAAAGAUAGAACUGACUUGGAAGAGAACAAUCAAACCCAGAAGAAUGUUGCAUUUGAGUCACCACCUGGUAAUGCUAUGGAUGCAAGUCCAGUUUCUGCAAAUUUGGUGGAUGUGGAUGCAUCCAUGCAUUCGGAAACUCCUGAUGUGUUCCUUCCAGAAUUAUCAUCUCAUAUGUCGGUAGAAGGCUAUUCAUCUGGUGGACACCAGGAUAAUGUAAUUCCACAGGAACCAUCAAUCAGGCCGCCCAAUGAACAGGCAGUCCCCUCUAACCACUCUGUACCUGGAAUCGAAUCUCCUGCAAGCUCCAAGGAGGCUGAGCAGCCCAGUCCGGUUUCAGUUCUGGAAGUUCCUUUUACUGAUGAUGUGUCAUCUAGUUCUGAAUGCUUUGAGAGUCUCAAUGCUGACCUGCAAGGGCUUCGGAUGCAGCUUAAGCUACUGAAGUUGGAGUCAGAACCAUAUGAAGAGGGACACAUGGAAGUGUCGAGUGAUGAUGAAGUUGGUGAUGGAUCUACUGGGUUUUCAGAUGCAAGAGGAUUUUGUAAAGAUGAAAAGAGCUGGGAGUCUGUAUACUUGGCCAAUACUUUAACUGAAUCUGGUUUAAACAAUGCUGAUCCGGCUACCUUCUUGGCAAUGUGGCACACCCCAGACUGUCCUGUGAAUCCUUUACUAUUUGAAGAACUGGAGAAGAAGUACUACCGUCAGACUUCUUGGCCAAAGCCCGAGAGGAAAUUACUGUUCGAUCGAAUCAAUUCAGGGCUCGUGGAGAUGUUUGAGCAAUUCACUGAUCCACACCCAUGGGUAAGGCCAGCGAGCAAAAGAAUUGGUCCCAAGUGGAUUAAUACAAGUGCAGUCGAAGAUGUUCUGUGCACGUUGCUAGCAAGCCAAGAAGAGAAUGCGAAUGAGGACAAUCUGGAGAAAGAGCUGCAACGUGACUCGCUGUGGUUGGAUUUUGGAGACGAAAUAGACGUAAUAGGUUGGGAAGUAGAGAGGAAGUUGAUAGAAGAGCUAGUAGCAGAGGUAGUGGUAAUGUAGUGUAGAAGGCCAAAAUUUCAACCGAAGUUUGUUCUUUUGUUUUUUUUUUUUUGGUCAAUAUGUUUAAAUAGAAUAUGUAAAUGAAGACUUGAAAUUGUAGUUUCAUGAGAAGAUGAAUAAAUGGGAUGGUCUUUGUUAGACCAAAAAUUGUUGGUA